AUGACCGGCCCUUUUCAUACUUACGGCUCGACCUGCCUGCUGGCCGACGAAGAAUCGGACCUGUCGAGCUGGUAUUCUCACGAUACCCCGCCCGACAUUCGCUCUCAAUUCUUCUACAUCUCAUCCGUGCCAAUUGACGACCCCUUGGCCCCUCUGCCCCCGGCGAGUGGGCAGGGGUCGGAAAAUGAAAGAGCUCCACCGAAGCCGUUUACCGCAAUAGACAACCUCGCGCUGGAAACUUCGUGGCAGAAACUAGGCAAGGCUCGCCAGGCAACGGGUGCGAGUGAAUCUGAAGCUCGAGCAGAUCCGUCAACGUCGCACCUCGGCAUUGCUGUCCCCGGCCGAGCAUCUGAGUUGGGCAUCGGACACAACCGCAAGACAGCAAGUAGAAGAGAUGGGGAAGGUCUGAUCAGCAGUCGAAGCACUCUCAGCAACUCGCCAUCAUUUCCUGAUGAGACUCCUGGACGGCAUCUCAAAAGCCGAUCGGGCUUACCCAUCGGCUCUGAACCCCGGAUCGGGAGUUCCACACGAAGGCGUGUGACUCCAUUCACGAGUGAUGAUCUUGCCGAAUACCCCCAUAGGAGUGAUUUAAAUGAUCGAAGGAAGCGAGAACGCUCUUCUUCGUUGAAAGAAGUGCAAUCGAGCAAGAGAAGAAGUGACUCGACUCUAGGAGACAAUGACGGGGCGGAAGAUGGCCAAGAUGAGACUGGGAGUCUCCGUGCCAAUCGAUCCCGUGAUGUGAGUAUCAGUGGGUCGCCCUUCAUCAGAGCGCCGAUUUCCCAAUCCCACAGUCAAUUUGGGAGUUCGGUCGAAUCUUUGCCAUCGAAGGACGGACCCCAAGAAUGGCAGAGCGAGGUUCGAAGCAGCGCGCCAAACCAUGGGGCUCCUAAGCCUUCGGGCCUUAGAGCCACCGUCAGCCUAGACGAGAUGACCCAAGACACUUCCGAGGAGAAUCGAGAUAGAAGAAAUUCAAAGAAGCAGGAGAGCGAUGUCAAAGCAAAGAUUCCCGUCGGAGCCUCACGGCUUCACCUCGUCGAGCUUCCAAAUUUGAAAAUGAAACCCAUAUACUGGAGCCCGCUUCAUGAUGUAUCAGCUGUCGUCCGAGCGACAUGGUUCUACAAAAAUUCGAUGUACCCUGUGGAAACUGCAUUGGCGAACAAACUGGAGGAGGGUUACACCUACCUGAAACCAUGGACCGAGACAUGGCAGGAUGAGUUGAAUAGCUGCGUGGAAAAUGGAGCCGAUGCAGAGCUCAAGAUCGUGCACCGCCUCUGGACGAAGGAAGAAACAGGAUCAGCCAACCCGCCCGGGACAGCUCAAGAGCAAGGAAUGGACACCACCGACUCGACAGAAGAUGAUGCGCCAAAUGGACCUUCGCCUGAUCUCAACAAGGCCGCUGGUGGGAACACAGCCUUCCCCGAAACGAUCAAACCCUAUCUCUCUUCGAGUGCUCUCUAUGUGGAUGCCAGAAAUGCUCAAAUUCUCCGACCAAGCUUGUUACCAUCGGCCUCCCGUGGCAGACGACCACUUGGUCCGAUUCGCAAGGGACGACAGAUUGGCAUACCUGUGGUGCGCGGCUUUAGUCGAAGACUAUGGGACAAGUUAAACCCUGCCAAGGCCAAUGCCGUUGAUGUACGACAAUACAUCCGAAGAAAUCAAGCUCAAGAGCCAGCUCCAGCUCCAGGCGAGCAAGUUUGCUAUGCUUGCAAAAUGGAGGGACUGCGGCCAAACCCUACAGACCUGGUACUUGUUAUCCAUGGUAUCGGGCAAAAGUUAUCUGAGCGGAUGGAGAGCUUCCACUUUACCCACGCCAUGAAUGCUUUCCGUCGCCAAGUAAAUAUGGAAUUAAAUAACGAGCCUGUCUGGCCUCAUGUGGACCAAGACAAUGGCGGCAUUAUGGUUCUUCCUGUGAACUGGCGAACAACUUUGUCUUUGGAAGAUCCGACUCUAGAAUCAACGGACACCGACGAUCCCACUGCCAACAACUUUUCGCUUGACGACAUAACGCCUCAGACUCUCCCUGCUGUGCGUUCUUUGAUCAGUGAUGUAAUGCUCGACAUUCCGUAUUACCUGUCUCAUCACAAGCCGAAAAUGAUCAGGGCUGUUGUCAGAGAAGCCAACCGUAUCUACCGACUCUGGUGCAAAAACAACCCUGGCUUUCAAGAAAACGGCCGAGUACAUCUCCUCGCUCACUCCCUCGGAAGCGUCAUGGCGCUUGAUAUUCUAAGCCAUCAGCCGACACAUGUCCCUCACUUUGACUUUCACAGCACACCCUUGCAUAGCGAUAUUUUCGAGUUUGAUACACGGAUUCUGUUUUUGUGUGGGAGUCCCGCGGGUUUCUUUCUUCUCUUGAAUAAAGCGAGUCUACUUCCACGAAAGGGUAGAAAUAAACCAGGCAGCGAGGGCGAAGAUCUAGUACGAGGUGUAGCCGGGGAAACUGGCAGCUACGGCUGUCUUGCUGUCGACAACCUCUACAACAUAAUGCAUACUACCGAUCCAAUCACAUACCGCGUCAACGCUGCAGUCGAUUCCGAGCUUUCCAAUUCACUCAAAACGGCCUCAAUCCCCAGCGCUACAUCUUCAUUCUGGACGUCAUUUGGCAGCGUCUUCAAAUGGGGCUCGACACCUGGCUUCAUGCUUUCUACAGCCCCAGUUCGCCCCGCGGCAGUCACAAAGCUACCCUCAAACGUCGAAAUGGAGACCCACGACUUUACGCGCGAGGAAAUUGCCGAAAAGCGCAUGCUUCUGCUGAACGAUAAUGGCCAGAUCGACUAUUAUCUUUCUGGUGGAGGUGGCCCGUUGAAUAUCCAGUACCUCAAUAUGCUCAGUGCACAUAGUAGCUAUUGGACAUUGACUGAUUUCGUGAGAUUCUUCGUUGUGGAGAUUGCCCGCAAGCAAGGGAGGGAUGGGACAUUGCAUGUUUUGAGGGCUGAGAAGAAAAAGGGUUGGAAGUAUCCCCGGAGUUGA